AUGGACAACCAAGCCUUUGAGAUGCAUGCAGAGACCUUCCAGAGGUCCUCCAAAGGAGAGGAGAGGCCAAAGAAAGAGGAGAGGCUGGGCAGCAGGUCCCUGCUGUCCCUGUUCCUGGUGUGCCUCCUGGCCUGUGCCCUCACCACGCUGCUGGGGGUCCUGGCCCUGGCCUUGGUCUACGUCACCAACCCAGCCUACGGCAGAGCCCCGGGGGGCGGCCCGGGGGAGACCCCCUCCGGGCCCCAGGGCAGCAGAGUGGAGGGCAGGUUCCAGUUCCUCAACCACCUGGGCAAGGCCAAGGUCUACACCUACCCAGGAGGGGAGAUCCAGUGGGCAAGGUUCAGGAAGGAGCUGGAGGCCUACGACAACGAAGAGCAGCAGGAGUUUGGGAAGAGCCUCCACAGCCAUGGCUCCAAGAUGACCUUUGGCACCUUGAGGAUCAAGAGUGGAGGCCUGAGGGCUCCUCACUGGCACUUCAAUGCCAAUGAGCAUGGCUACCUGCUCCAGGGCUCGGCCUGGGUCGGCGUGCUGGGCCCCGACGGCGCCGCCCUCACCACCUACAACGUCACUGCUGGCCAGGUCAUCUUCUUCCCCAGGAACACUGUGCACUGGGUGAAGAAUGCUGGCUCUGAGGACUGCCUCUUCCUGCUCUUCUUCUCCACCCACGAGGAGCUGCAGACCCUGGAUGUGGACGAUGCCUUCUUCUCCACGCCCGAGGACAUCGCCGCCAGGGCCCUGCAGCCCAAGGGGGGAGUGAAGUUCAUCAGAACCUUCCAGAAGCAGGCAGAAGACCAAGCAGUGAACCUCCCACCCAACCUGGAGCAGCUUGUCCACAAUGCCACCUACCCCCAGUCUCCAGACCCCCUGGUCUGGAGGUACUUCUAUGACCUCAAAGGCUCAGCAGAGGAUCGCUUCCCCGGGGGCCUGUUCCAGUGGGCUCGCUACCGCCGCAACGCCACCGGCCUCACCCCCACCCAGAGGAUCUUCAGUGACUCCCUCAACCAGCACAAGGACACCCUGACCCUGGCCACGCUGCGCAUCUUCAGCAGCGCCCUGGGGCAGCCUCACUUCCACUUCAACGCCAACGAGCUGGGCUACAUCGCUAGUGGUUGUGCCCAGGUUGGGGUCAUCCUCUCUGGGAGCAGCUUCACCUUCAGCGCCGGCAUUGGGGAUGUCCUCUUCUUCCCUGUCGGAGCCCAGCACUACCUCAAGAGUGUCUGUGAUGAGGACCUCCUCCUCGUCCUGGCCUACAGCACAGGGGACCAGCUGGAGACCCUUCGCUUCAACUCCUACUUCGGCUCCACCGCAGACCACAUCCUGGCUCAGCUCUUCCACAAGCCCCAGGCUGACUUCCAGAGCCUGCCAGGAGCCCCCAGCCAGUGA